CGUAGAUCCGCGCUAGAUUGAACAGAUUGCACUAUUGAUAGGAUCUAUCGUAUUCGCAUAUACACGCGCUGGCCUAUAAAACGAGCUGAGCCCAGGCAGACUGCCCAUAGUGCUGUUUGUAAUUUGGCGCGAUGCGAUUGUUAAACGUUUUCAUUUUAGGACUUAUCGGGGUUUCCCUGCCUUUCCAUAGUGCGAGUCAGAGAUGUAAUCUCCUUACAAUUUCUCCAUUACCACCAUUAACAGUAACGCAGCUGGGAUCAAAGCAUUGGGUGUCGGUCACGGGGCCAAUAUUAACACUUGAAAGCUCGGAGUCUGUUGAUCUAUAUUGCGAAAGUGGAUUUAAAUAUUAUAUUCCCUCAUAUGGGCGUUACGAGGAAUUUAAUGCGAAUCGCACUACAAUUAGUUGUAAGCGCAACAGAUUUAUUUUGCUUGACCACUCGAGCGAGCCAGAAGUUGAAAGUGUAAGUUGCCGUGACAAUGCCAUUUCUCCCAUAUUUGAGAGCCGUACGAGUAUGCCGAAUUGCGAGGGCUACAUGAGUCUGGUUGUUGGCCGGGCUUUCGAGGAAUUUGGUUCACUAAAAAGGUUCGCCAUAUGCUACGAUAUCGAUAAGCAGCAGCUUAAGUAUAUCAGCUAUACGGCAUAUACCAAGUGGCUUGAACCGACUCAGGCUGGCCAGCUCAACCGAUUGGGCCUAGACAUUGAAGUGAUCUAUAGCCAGCAUCUCUUCAAGCCGUACGGGUCGGAGAGCGUAGAAGCCGCGUUCCGCGACGACAGACGGCUGAUGUCGCUGUUCGGUGCCAAGACAUUCGAAUAUGCCACCCUCAUACAGGAUGAGCCUCUCAGCAGUGGGCAAGGCGAGUUUAAGGAAAUGCUCUCAAUUAUUUGGCUACGCGCUCUGCUCAACGGCAAUUGGCGCCAUUUCCUGAAUGCACUGAAGUCGGCAAGCAUAAAUGCUAAAUAUGAUGUAAAUGUCGGUGUCUCCGGGACCAUUAGCCUGCCCACGACGAUAGCCUGCAAUGAUAGCCGCCAGCUGUCCGUCGAACUGGACUCCGGCUACACCGUCACGGUGCCGGCUCUCAUCUGGGCCCAGGUGCGCGCAGUGGCGCCCAAUGCGAAUGUGACGGAGGAGUUCGUAAUCAUAGCCCACAAUUCGCCCUUCUUGAAGAUCGACGAGCGCAACGAGCUAUGCGAGAGCAUGUGCCACGAGGUGCCCUGGCUGCGGCAGAGCCUAUUCGGCAAGCUCCAGCAAUAUCCUGUCUAUGGUCUGGCCCAGUGCUGUCACGUUGCGGACGUUCAACACAAACUUGAGAAUUUUCCCAAGUCCCAAGCAGCGCCAAACUCGAGGGAUUUGCCACCCCUACCACCACCUUUCGAAAAUCUGCGUAAAAAUACUACCUGAUCGUCGAUAAAGUACGCUGAGCCAACGAUGCAUGUUGAAUAUUCUAUGAAAUAUUGUCAAA